UUUUCGCAGGACAAACACAAAUUGUGCUUGCCGCAUCCCGUCUUGUGGCUAUUUGGACUUGUAUACGUAUUGUCGACUUUCAGAGAAGAUAGCAAGCGUAUUUCAAAAUAUCAUUCUUCCAGACGAUCGUGGAUCUACAUUCUUCUAUUCAAGCAUAUUACAAGCAGCCUUCAGGCGAAUAUACAGCAUAUUAUUUUUACUUGACAGGGGAAGGUUAUUGAAGAAACAUGGAGGACGCCACUGGAAAAGACUCAAAAGUUGGCGAGGAGAAAACGACUAAACCUUUAUUUAGGACUGAUGUGAUUGCCUGGAUGCUAGGUGUUAUCUUCAUCGUUCUCCUGCUUAUAGCGGUGGUGUUUAUCGGGGAUGCCAGAGGAUGGGACGCUGACUCAGGAUUUACACACAACACAAGUGAAACCUCUGCGGAGCGUUUCCUCUCAGAACCAUACGUGGAGGAGCCCGGUGUCAUUGGUCGAUGCGGCGUAGGAGCCCCAUCACGAUGGUACUACUGGAAACUGAAGCCCGUCGAGGUCACUGCUCUCACGAGGAUUAUACCUUGGCUUUGUUACACCUCGCAUCAACUGUUUGUCUGGUCCUGCAUCUAUUACGCUCAGAAGAAGAAGACGGUUUACGCCGAUCCCAACGUGCCACGGUAUUCUUCCAAGCUGAAUAACUUCAACUUGGUUGCUUUGAUCGGAAACAUGGUCUUCCAUCUGAUUCACCUUGGACAGACCCAUUGGACUUACGAUUCUCUGGCCCAGGACGUCUCAAGUCCAAGCAACAUAGGCUCUGCCAUCAUUAUUCUCAUUUUCAUCCUGAUGUUGGAAUACCGAAAUCGCGGGAUGGCUUUCGGAUGGCCAUCUCAGGAUGACAAGGGUAAGAUAAGCAAUAAGAUGAGACUUCCUUGGGGUCCGCAGGCGAUGAUCCGCAAGUACCAUGGCUAUGUCUUUGCUUGGGGUGCUGUCUUUACCUUCUGGCAUCAUCCUAUGGAGAACACCAUCGGCCAUGUGAUGGGUUUCACGCACACCUGGAUGUUCUUACUGCAGGGGAGUCUGAUGUUCACUCAGGUCCAUCUCAACCGCUACUGGCGUCUCCUUCUAGAGGCUUGGGUAAUCAUCCAUGGUACCGUGGUAGCUUGGCAGACAGGAAACUUCCUUCCUACCCUCUAUCCCAUGUUCAUGUUUGGAUUCCUCUGGUUAUUGGUCAUGACGCAGCUUUUUGGUUUACCAUUCUGGCAGCAAAUCCCCAAGUGGUGUCGCUUUGUUCCUUUUACGGUUUAUCUCAUCAUCGGGAUAUGCAUCUACGGGUUUGUCCUACCAGACGGCGACGGACGCUACUGGUCGCGCCUUAACGAACUGGUGCGGAUUCCCGCCAUCGAAUACGUCGGGAUUCUUUUCGCUUGGUUGGUCAUGUGGUUCUUCUUGUGGGUCGAGAAAAAGAUCAAAGGUGACAAGUACGAUGAACCGUUCCAACCCCCAAGCACAGUCGUCGAGAUCCUUUAUAUCUGUGGUGUUAUCUUUACCUACGCGAUCAUGAUGGCCGUUUCCGUGCUCGUUCAGGUUUUCGAUUGGCAGGCCGGGAUCAUUACACUUUUAGUGUUCUUUACGCUCUUCUUUUCGAUUGGAGUUGCCGUCACUUGUAUGCUACUUCGCCAGAUUAUCAGACCAAUAAAUGACGGAAAGGUUGUCGAUGACAAAUCUGCUGUAACCAUGAAAGUCGAACCGGCAUUUGUUAAUGAAGCUUUUAGCACCGAUGCUUGCGAUGACAUUCUUCCUGAAAAUACACUCCCUAAUGAUAUGAAGGUAUGAGCUGUUUUAUCAUAAUGCUAAUAUUGCUUACCCAGAGAAGCCUCAUCAACUUCAAUGCUGUUCUUCCUGAAGGCCCUGCUUUUAUAAAUGUCUUUGAUCUCUCUCUCUCUCUUUCUCUUAAAUUCUGUAAUAACGUCGUCUCUGAUGGUUAUAUCGCUGUUCCGAGAUUGACAUAAAUGAGCAUGACUGUACCACAUUAAAAACAUGUCGCAUAAAAUAUAUGAUAUAUGCUUUGAGUAUUUGAUUUCAUGUGAAUUUGGUGCCUUACAAAUGUAAUGUUAUUAUUAUCAUCAUAUCAUAUAUUUCCCUCAACUCUAUUAUGCUUUCCUAUUAUACUCGGCCAUAUAGGCCUACAAACUCAUGUAAGGAUAGUACAUUGAAUGUAUUUUUACUACAGUUAUCCAUACACGUACUGUCAUGCAUAUAUUAUAAAUGUGGAGACAUUUUCAGAUAUAGUUUAACGUUAUACUUAUUACCAUUAAUACAUUUUGUAAAUUGUGACGGUUUUCAUCUCUACCUUCCCUUCCUAUCUGUCCCCCUUGCUGUAAAGUAAUUAUUUAAAGUUUGUAUCGUCAGAUCUGUCAUGACCUAGGUCUUCUGCACGUUGCUGAUUCAUGUAAAUAAGAUACCGAUUAAGACAUUGCUAGGGAUAGCACUAUAACCCAUCAUUACAUGUCAAUAUAUCAUCAACAAUCAUUGAGGCAUAAAAUAUAUUCAAGUAAAAAAAAAAAAUUAAUUGACAGCUGAUAAACUGCAUGGCCACUGUGGUGGUGUUUGUACAUAGUUGAUAUGUUGAUAUAUAAACGUAUGGUAAUUUUAACUUAGUAUCAGGUAGAAAGCUGUUAAAUUUUGUUCGCAAGUUCAAUGCACAUGUAUUCAGAUCUUCAAGUAAAACUAUGUCACUCUGUUCUGUGAAUUGAAAUGUCUUGAUUGAACAGAUCCUAAACAACAAUGCAAUUGUAGGGAUUUAUCUUGAACUUCUUUAACUCCCCUUUAUAUCCAUGAUUUAUCACUUUUAUACUAAUAGGUCCUCCCUCAUCCACAUUCACCCUUUUUAUCCACCAUCCUUUCAUCUAUCUAUCUCUCUUUUCCUGAUUGGUUUCAAUGUUCACCAGAUGUAGUCAAGCUUAAAGUAUAAAUUACAUAUACUAUGAAUAGUCAAUAUAUACCUUGUGUUUAUGUUUGAAUAUUCAAGAAACUUUGUGAUGUUGAUUAAUUCAUGUGUGUAAUUAUAUGAAUAUCAAUUUUAUUUCUUCUAAUUUGCAUGUAAUGAAUGUGGAAUGUUACAUAGAAUCCAGUAAUGCAAUGAGACAUUAAAACCUGGUCAGUUAGCCAGUAGUUAUCAAUCUGA